AUGGUUAAUAUGUUGGAUUUAAAAUCAACUCCUCAAAGGAUUUUCAAAAAAUUCACUACAAAAUCAGGUCUUAUAGGUGAUUAUAACUAUGCACAUUUAUUCACACCAAAAUUACCAUUUAAAAAAACUUCAAAAGAUACAAUUCAACCAUUUUUUGGUUUAAAUAGUGAUAUGCCAAUUGUCUUGGGAUUUUUAUUGGGUUUACAACAUGCGCUAUCAAUGCUUGCAGGUGUUGUAUCACCACCAAUUAUAAUUGCUUCAGCUGCAAAUUUAGAUACAGAAUCUUCACAAUAUUUAGUUAGUGCUUCUUUAAUAAUUAGUGGACUUUUAUCAUUAAUUCAAAUUACAAGAUUUCAUAUCAUUGGAACAAAAUAUUAUGUUGGUACAGGUUUAGUUUCAGUUGUGGGGACAAGUUUUGCUACAAUUACUAUUGUUAAUAAAGCAUUCCCAAUGAUGUACAAGACAGGUAUGUGUCCAACUGCAGAAGAUGGCACCAUGUUACCAUGUCCUGAAGGAUAUGGUGCUAUAUUAGGGACUGGUUGUAUUUGUGCUCUAUUGGAAAUUUUAUUAUCAUUCAUGCCUCCAAGAAUAUUACAAAAAAUUUUCCCAAAUUUGGUUACAGGUCCAGUUGUCUUGAUUAUUGGUAUUCAUUUAAUUGGUACUGGAUUCCAAGAUUGGUUAGGUGGUAGUGGAUGUUCAUCAGGAAAGACUUUAUGUCCUUCAGAUUCAGCUCCUCAUGCAUUAUCUUGGGGGUCUGCAGAAUUUAUUGGUUUGGGGUUUUUAGUAUUUGUUGUUAUUAUUAUAUGUGAAAAAUGGGGUGCACCAAUAAUGAAAUCAUGUGCAGUUAUUAUUGGUUUAUUAGUGGGGUGUAUCGUGGCAGCUGCUACAAAUUAUUUUGAUCGUUCAGGUAUUGAUAAAUCACCAGCUGUUACAUUUCUUUGGGUUCAUACUUUUAAAUUAAGUGUUUAUGGUCCUGCAGUUUUACCAAUGCUUGCUACAUAUAUUGUAUUAAUGAUGGAAGCUAUUGGUGAUAUUACUGCAACUUGUGAUGUAUCAAGAUUAGAAACUGAUGGUGAAAUAUAUGAUUCAAGAAUUCAAGGUGGUGUUUUAGCUGAUGGAUUAAAUGGGUUAUUAAGUUGUUUAGGUACAAUGACUCCCGUAUCAACAUUUGCACAAAAUAAUGGUGUUAUUUCAAUAACAAAAUGUGCAAAUAGAAUGGCUGGUUAUUGGUGUUGCUUUUUCUUAAUUAUUAUGGGAGUUUUUGCAAAAUUUUCUGCUGCAUUAGUUUCAAUUCCAAAAGCUGUAUUGGGUGGUAUGACUACGUUCUUAUUUACUUCAGUUACAGUAUCAGGAUUAGCUAUUAUUUCAAGUGUUCCAUUCACAAGAAGAAAUCGUUUUGUCUUGACAUGUUCAUUAUUAUUUGGACUUGGUGCUACAUUAGUUGAUGAUUGGUUUUCAAAUGUUUUUACAUAUUCAGGUGAUAAUAAAGCAUUACAAGGAUUUUUAAAUGCAAUUGUAUUAGUCUUGGAAACAGGUUAUGCAUUAACUGGGUUUGUUGGAGUUAUUUUAAAUUUAUUUAUAUCUGAAGAACCUGAACCUGAAGAAACUACUUAUCUAGAGGGUGAAGAAACUCAUGAAUUAAGUGAUCAAAGUGUUAUUGAAGGUGGUUCUGAUAGUAUAGGUUUUGAUAAACAACAAGGUUCAAAAAUUGAUGUUAAAUAA